AUGAUUUCAGCAGAUUUGUCGUUUGGUAUCUGUUUUGGAUACUUGUGAACAUUAUACUUGUAAAUGUGAUUGUUUCCCUGUUCAUUUGAGUACAGUGUACUUUUGAUACGCGAAGAAAUUUUAGAAGUAUACCGUGAAAUUUAGACCCCAAAGUGUGGCUAACUUGAAAAUGAACUCCUAGGAUCAUGCCGUAACUGAGUAGCAGAAGGUUCGAAAUUUAAAAACUGGUUGAGUUCGUGUGGUUUCUUGUUGUUCUGAUAUCUUCUGCAGGUCUUUGUGUGUUCGUUGUUUUCGUGUUUGCGCAAUGUUCAACGCGGAUUUGAACGAUCAUUCAGCUAAAGGCAUUAUGGGUUAUGUGAAACAGGAGCACACGGAUACUGGCAUUCUGACGGUGAAAAAAGAAUUCGGUCUGGAAUUUGAAGAACUGGAAUUCGAAGAUUACAGACCAGAGGGAUUUGGGGAUAAGGUGAUAGAGCUGUUUGGUCUCGAUAAUGUAUCGGCUGAUGCAAAUAGUCUCAAGAUUUCAACACGCCAGAAUGAUAAAGAUUCAGCACAGAUAAUAAUCAAAGAGGAAACUGAAUUUGGUGAUAAGGUGAUAGAGCUAUUGGGUCUCCCAAAUGUAUCAGCAGACACAAAUGGUGCCAAGGUUUCUACAUUUCAGAAUGAUCAUGAAUCAGCACAGAUAAUAAUCAAAGAGGAAAUUGAUUGUGACAUUGACAACGGCUCUGUCAACGACUUGGAUUCUCCGCAUUUUGCAGAUGAGGUACCAGGUCCAACACUCAGGAGGUCAUCAAGGAGGAGGUGUCAACGUUUUUCUCUAGAUGACCUGUCGGAAAGCCCCACCGACGAAUCUCCGGUGUGCAAAUUCAGAAAGAAGGUGCGGGUACGGAAUUCUUCUCACGACGGAAGAAGAAGAAAAUCGGACCGCGGCACUGUCUGUGGUAAAUCCUUCGAGCUGUACUGCGAUAUAUGCGGCAGAGGUUUCACCCGGAUCGGAUAUUUGAGGAGGCACGUGGCUACGCAUUCCGAAUCGAAGAGGUACUGUUGCGGCCAGUGCGGGAAGUGUUUCGGGCGCUCCGACAACUUGAGAGAGCACGAGCGGCUGCACGGGGGGGAGAGCUACGGCUGCGACGUGUGCGGGAGCGUGUUCUCGCAGCCGAGACAGCUGCAGCGGCACGCGCUGCUGCACGCGGGGGAGCGGCGCUUCCGCUGCGACGUCUGCGGCAGGGCGUUCCGGGUGCGCGGCUACCUGCGAGACCACCUGCGCGUCCACACGGGAGAGCGGCCGUUCGCCUGCCACGUCUGCGGUAAGUCGUUCACGCAGGCGGCGCACCGGCGCGUGCACGCGCGCCUGCACACCGGCGAGAGGCGACACGGCUGCGAGGUCUGCGGCAAGCUGUUCUACCGCCGCACCCACCUCAAGUUGCACGCGCGCGUCCAUACGGGAUUUCGCCAGAGGCGGAGGAAGGCGCGGCGCUAGAGAGGUGGUCUUCGUCGUAUUUUCCCGCAGCUUACACAAAAUCGUAUGGCACCAUCCUCCGCUGCUUGUUCAGGAGGUCCAAACAUGUCAGUAACAAAGGGUUGUUACAAACUUCUGGAUACUUCUAAAGCGUUUGUAUGUUUCUGAGAGAUGUUUGUAACGUGCCCGAUUGUUCGGAUUUUGUGUCGGAGAUUUUGUUGUGAAGUGAAUGUUUUUUAUACUGCACAGUGUGCGGUUGAACGUAGUGUACCUAUUGACAGUAAUACUAUCACUUCAAAAACUCCUCGUGUUUGGAUGUGUGUUUCCAUAAUUUGGAGUGGUAGCAAUGUAAAGGCUUUGCCCAGUAGCUGAUGGUAGUAUAGUAUGUAUUUUGAUUUUCAUUACAUUCAUGUCAUUAAAAUCGUGUUGUGCAAAGCCCAAGCAACAAGGGCCAACAGUUAAGUAUUCGGAAAGGGCACGUUAUUUUAAGUGGCGGGAUUCUGCUACUUUAGAUUGCAAUUGAUGUGUGAUUUAACUCACUCACUUGGAUCUCAUAAUGUGCCACUCAAGCAGUGGUGUGGAGGGCAGUGUGGUUGCAAAACAAAACAUAAAAUAGUAUGUUUAUUACAAUUAAUAAGGGUUUUGUUACAAGAAACUAUAUAUUUUUUCUAUUUUGAGUGUGUUGGCUGUCAUCGCAGCUUAUUGAGAAAUGCAUGUGAUGAGGUGGUUGUGAAUAAGCCGUGCUGCUUAAAUGGCAACGGAAGUUUUGUCCACUAUCUUUGGGAGGGAUAUCCUGGUUGUAAAAUUUCUACUGGGACAUGCACUACAGUGUAUAUCUGUGUUAUAGUAGAUACAUACUGUUUUUCAAAGAAUAUUUUUCCCACUGGCCAUUGUUUCAUGGCGGACCAGGACUAUCCUUAGUUCUAACUUCCAAAAUUAGGGGGAAAAAAGUAUUUGUAGUGCUUGGUUUUGGAGCUGUGACUAAUUUACAUUCAUAACAUACACAGCAGCAUGGCUUUUGCCGAGUCUUGGGUUUUAUCUAAGCCUUAAAGCCAGUAGUUUCCAUGCUUACACAUAGUAUUUACAUAGUAUUUUACAAAGCUGGGUGGUAUUUGAAUGCAGUGUUUCACUCAAUUUGCUCUAGUGCCUAUAUCAUUUGCAGAAAAUUAAUGAAAUGCUUGCUAACUGUUAGCAGUAUAGGCGAGAGUGCCCAAUUAUCGGUUACUUUUCUUUACGAUUAUAUUUGACAUACUUUAUUUCAUGCUAUUUUAAAAUAAAAUACACUUUUGCAUGCCACAAGCAUCCUAAUAAAACAUAUCUUAUCAAGAUUUUCAUUAUUGAUAUUAUUUUGGUCACAAAAUGUACAUUGUCUGACUUACAAGCAUUUUGGUGUUUUUAACCCUUUCGCGGCUGGAAGGCUGAGCGUCCUGCCUGCCUGGCCGGGUGACAGGGACGAGCGCACUGCGCGCCUGGCCGGCGGCGGCUGUCGCAGCCCUGUGGCCGCUGCAGGCUACGGCCGCCGCAGGCUUCCCGCGUGUUGCCGCGUGCACAGAACCACUGUUCAGCAGCGCCUUAAAAAAACACUAUACUCUGUAUGGUCACUUUGGUUAUAGUUUCUGAUAACAACGAAAGAGAGCUUCGAAAAUAGCCAACACUUUCAGUUAUAUGUUUAUUAUGGGCUGAAAAAUGGUUGGUUUAGAAAAAUGAUAGGAACUUUUUUAAUAGUAAUUCCAAAAUCCUCUAACUAGAGAUUUACACCGUCAAUGUAUGUGCCUAAAACAUAUUAAAAUUCCACUAUCAUCACAUGAAUGUAUUUCAAGAUAUAUAGUUUUAAAUAGAGUUGUGCGUAGCGAAAACGCCCAAAUCUCGAACAA